AUAGGUGUUUUGUAUUUUUUUAUUACUUUUUUAAUAUUGAAUUUGUAUUUCAGUUAAACUAAUAACAAUGGUCAAUGGUAAACAGUUGGCUGUGUACCAAGGAUAUACAUUUUACAAUCAGUAUGCUAAAAAAGGACGUGAUUCGCUCAAUAGAUGGCUCUGUACCAAUCAACCAAGAUGUAAAUGCUAUCUUAUUUUGAACAAGGCGCUGGAAAUCCACGACGGUCAAUGUGAACAUAGUCAUCCGAAAAAGACCCUUUUUAAGAAUAAAUGUGGAAGAUACAUUCGUGUUUAAAUAAGUUAUUAAUGCAUGCAACUGAUAACGACGGUGCAAAACAGAUUGCUGUUGAAAUACAAAGGGCAUUACUACUCGAAAACUCCUUACUUGAAGAAAAGAUGGCGCUGUAUCAAUACAAACAAUUGUUACGUCGGUGUUAUUGUGAACAAUGAUUUCUCUAUUAAAAAGGAGCCAAGCGAACAUUGUCAUCCACCAAAAACCUUCGUUGAGACCGAAGAUGGGAAAUACAAGCUCAUCAAAGAUAAUGCUAACAAAUCAAACGAUUAUAUCGUCUAUGAAUAUUGAUGAUAAAUAUAUAACAGUCUAAUAUAUUAACUAUAGUUGAUAUUUGUAUAAUAUUUUCUGAUUUAAAAUGCAAUU